CCCAGUUGUUACUACUCUCACCAAAAACACUCCCAGUUUUAAAAAACAAAACAAAAAAAAAAAAGAGCCUCGGAUUCUCUAUCUCUAGGGUUUUGCUUUGCUUCAAUGUCGGUUGUAGUUGUACUGACGGCGGCGUUGCUGCUGCUGCUUUCCGUUAAUGUCACCGUUUGCAACACGUUCUCGUCGAGGUUAAUUCACGGGUUCUCAGACGAAGCGGUGUCGUUUUGGGCAUCUAAAGGCGUGACGUGGCCGAAACGCGAGAGUGUGGAACACGCGAGGUUGUUACUUAGCAAUGAUUUGAAGCGACAGAGAUUGAAGAAACAGUUAUUGUUGUUCCCUUCUCAAGGAAGUCAAACUCAUUUCUAUGGAAAUGACUUGAGUUGGCUUCAUUAUGCGUGGAUUGACAUAGGGACACCAAAUACAUCUUUUCUGGUCGCAUUGGAUGCUGGAAGCGAUCUGCUCUGGGUCCCUUGUAAUUGUGUACAAUGCGCUCCAUUGUCUUCAAGCUACUACUCAAUGUUGGAUAAAGAUCUGAAUGAGUAUAGCCCAGCACGAUCAAGCACCAGCAAGCAUCUUUCUUGCAGCCAUCAAUUGUGUCAACUGGGUCCUAAUUGCCAGAAUCCAAAGGACCGAUGCCCUUACACCGUUAACUACUAUUCUGAAAAUACAUCAAGCUCGGGUUUUCUGUUUGAGGACCAACUGCAUUUGACUUCAGUUGGUGGACAUGAACAUCAAGGUUCUGUGCGAGCUCCUAUUGUUAUAGGCUGUGGUAGCAAACAAAGUGGCAGUUAUUUGAAUGGAGCUGCUCCAGAUGGGGUGAUGGGUUUAGGGCCUGGAGAAAUUUCUGUUCCAAGUUUGUUGGCGAAGUCUGGACUUGUUCCACGUUCAUUCUCUUUGUGUUUUGGAAAGAGCAAUUCUGGCACAAUUUUUUUUGGUGAUCAAGGGCCUGAAAAUCAAAGACAAAGUUCAUUUGUAUCUUUAAAUGGGAAGUACAAUACCUAUGUUGUUGAAGUUCAACGUUAUUGUGUUGGGGGUACCUGUCCAAAGCAAAGUGGAUUUCAAGCCUUAGUUGAUAGUGGGUCUUCCUUCACUUAUCUCCCUUCUAAAAUCUUUACAGAAGUAGUAACUGAGUUUGAAGAACAAAUAAAUGCUACAAGGUUAGCGACAGAAGAUUUUCCUUACUGCUAUAAGGCUAGUUCACGAGGUUUACCAAACAUUCCUACCAUGAAACUUGUGUUAGCUGCUAACCAGAGCUUUGUAAUUCAGAACCCCAUGUUUACCAUCUCCAAUGGUCAGGGAGAUAACUAUUAUUGUGUAGGUAUCUUACCUAUUGAAGGAAUGAUUGGUAUUAUUGGACAAAAUCUUAUGGAGGGAUAUCGAAUGGUGUUUGAUUGGGAAAACAUGAAGUUGGGUUGGUCUCGCUCCAAGUGUCAAGACAUAGGCGGGAGUGCAAAGGUACCACCAACACCACCUCCGAGUGGUUUGACAACAAAUCCGUUGCCAACAACUGAGCAACAAAGAAGCCCGGGUGGACAUGCAGUUGCACCUGCCAUUGCCGGUAAAGCUACCCCUAAACCAUCUGCAGCAUCACUCCAUGCAGUUUCAUGGCAUUGUGCUAUGAGUUCUCUUCUACUUUCAUUGGUUGUAUGGUUGCCUUAUAAGAUAUAACAUUUGUAAUUAUGUACUUAUAUGUAAAUUCUCAGUGCUAAAAAUCGUGUAUUCUAGUCAAUUAAUUUCAUUGGUUUUGCUUCUUUUUCA